AUGACCAGAAAAAAUUAUACCUCACUGACUGAGUUCGUCCUAUUGGGUCUAACAGACACCCUGGAGCUACAGAUUAUUUUCUUUUUGCUUUUUCUUAUGAUUUACACACUUACGCUUCUGGGGAAUGUUGGGAUGAUCCUUUUAAUCAGGACCGAUUCCCGACUUCACACACCCAUGUACUUCUUCCUAGCUAACCUGUCCUUUGUGGACAUCUGCUAUUCAUCCACCAUCACCCCAAAGAUGCUGGUAGAUCUCCUGUCAGAGAAGAGAACCAUCUCCUUUGCCGGCUGCUUCCUGCAGAUGUACUUCUUUAUUGCCCUGGCGACCACUGAAUGCAUCCUCUUUGGGUUGAUGGCCUAUGACCGCUAUGUGGCCAUCUGUAACCCACUGCUUUACUCCUUGGUCAUGUCCAGGACUGUCUGCCUUAAAAUGGCAGCUGGGGCUUUUGCUGCAGGGCUGCUGAACUCCAUGGUCAACACCAGCUAUGUCAGCAGCCUGCCCUUCUGCAGCUCCAAUGUCAUCCAUCACUUCUUCUGUGAUAGUCCCCCACUUUUUAAACUUUCAUGUUCUGAUACACACCUGGAAGAAAGUGUCUUUUCCACGUUUGCUGGUGUGAAUAUGGUCGGGGCUCUGCUGAUCAUCCUCACCUCCUAUUCCUACAUUCUCAUCUCCAUCUUCCAGAUGCAUUCUGGGGAGGGGAAGCACAGAGCUCUGUCCACGUGUGCCUCCCACCUGACAGCCAUCAUUCUGUUCUAUGCCACCUCCAUCUAUACUUACCUGAGGCCUAGUUCCAGCUAUUCCCUGAAUCGGGACAAAGUGGCUUCAGUGUUCUACACAGUGGUGAUCCCCAUGCUGAAUCCUUUGAUCUACAGCCUCAGGAAUACAGAAGUAAAGAAGGCUUUACGGAAUAUAAUUACCAGGAAAAGGAUAACUUCCUUUCUGUGA